AUGCCACCCCGAAAAAGAAGUGCGCCUACGGCCGACGCUUCAGAGCAAGCUGUACCGAAGCGAAGAUCUCUUCGACAAGCUGCCAAAGGAAAUCCCGAGCCUGAAGCGCCUCCCCCAGCUAAAGCAAGCCCGCCCAAGAAGGUUGCCAAGGCGACGACGACUGUAAAGAAGCAAGACAAGCAGAAAGCACAACCCAAACGAACAAAGACUGAGGAGCCCGAAGCACCAAAGGCAAAGAAGCCGGCCAAGAAACAGGAAUCUGCCCAGUCUAGCUCUCGUGGUGUCUCUGAAGACCCAGAUAUCGACUCCAUCCCGACAAUUAAUCCUGAUGCUCCGAAGCACGAUGGCCAGUGGUACUGGCUCAUGAAAGCAGAGCCCGAGACUCGUAUUGAGAAUGGCGUUGAUGUCAAGUUUUCUAUUGAUGACUUGAAGGCAAAGACAGAGCCCGAAGGAUGGGAUGGCAUUCGAGCGUAUGCUGCUCGGAAUAACAUGCGAAACAUGAACGCCGGCGAUCUCGCCUUCUUCUACGCCAGGUCCGCUCGUCGGCCAGGCGCACCAUAUUACGAUCCCAAGUCCACCAGAGAGAAACCCAUCUGGGACUUGGUCCACGUGGAGUUCAGGAAGAAGUUCGCGGUGCCUAUUGGUCUGAAGGAACUUCGCGAGCUGGGAAAGCCUGGAGGUCCUUUGGAGAUGAUGCAGUUGCUUAAGCAGUCGAGAUUAAGUGUGAGUAAAGUCAGUGGUGAUGAGUGGAGGUUUUUGUGUGAGCUUGCGGAUAGGAAGGCGAAGGAUGCUGGGCUGAAGCAUGAUGAGGGUGAGAAGUAA